CUCCCUCCCGUUUCCCGUCGGACCUUAAUGAGUGUGACAGCCAGCGGAAGUAAACAAGGCUGCUGGCCGUAGCGUUAGCUGCAUGCUGCUGUUGAAUGAGCUGGAAGACGGUAUUGUAGUCGUAGAGCAGAUGAUUCUUUCAGCUGGAACUAAGCAACAAUGUCUUCAGUUGAGUGUUUGAGAGAGUUUGUCACCGAGCGACUAACUGCUGCUGCUGAACAAAUAUUCCGAGUUGUUGAAAAAACUAUCGUCGAGUACGAGGAAGAGAUCGCUCGGCAGCGCAGACUGUUGGAUGGCGUUUGGAGACCAGAAAUCAGGUUACACAGGAUAGAGCUCCCACAGCAACAUGUCUGUAAGGAGGAGGAGGUUCUCUCUGACCAGCAGCUCUGUAUUCAGGAGAGGAACUCCAGUCUGGACCAAGAGGACCCAGAGUCUCCACAGAUUAAAGAGGACCAGGAGGAACUGUGCACCAGUCAGGAGGGAGAGCAGCUUGUACUGAAGCAGGAGACUGAUACCUUUAUGUUGACUCUUACUUAUGAGGAAAGGGACCACAGUGAAGGUCAGACUCUGAACUUCAAUCCUGAUGAUGACACUCUAAGUGCAGCAGAGAAAGAGUCUGUAGCCAACAUGCCAGUUAUAACCUCUGUGGAAUCAGAAGGAAACAGUGACCACCAGCUCCUCUCUCCCAACUCUCAUGAAGCUGAGAGCCAAGAUCAGAAAGGAGGCAAGCAUGGAGACUCAGGAUCAACUAGAAAUGCAGAGCCAGAACCAAAGAAGAGACGACGCAAGAGAAGAAGUCUCAGCAACAACGUAGACAACACUAACGUGUCAGAGAUUCACCCAAAUACUCAAACAAGUAAAAACUUAAAUGUCAAAUGUGGGAAAGACUUAAAGUAUAAAUCAGCAUUGCGGAGACACCUCAGCGUCCACACAGAGCUCCCACAGCAACAUGUCUGUAAGGAGGAGGAGGUUCUCUCUGACCAGCAGCUCAACAUGCCAGUUAUAACCUCUGUGGUAUCAGAAGCAAACAGUGACCACCAGCUCCUCUCUCCCAACUCUCAUGAAGCUGAGAGCCAAGAUCAGAAAGGAGGCAAGCAUGGAGACUCAGGAUCAACUAGAAAUACAGAACCAGAACCAAAGAAGAGACGACGCAAGAGAAGAAGUCUCAGCAACAACGUAGACAACACUAACGUGUCAGAGAUUCACCCUAAUACUCAAACAGAGCUCCCACAGCAACAUGUCUGUAAGGAGGAGGAGGUUCUCUCUGACCAGCAGCUCAACAUGCCAGUUAUAACCUCUGUGGUAUCAGAAGCAAACAGUGACCACCAGCUCCUCUCUCCCAACUCUCAUGAAGCUGAGAGCCAAAAUCAGAAAGGAGGCAAGCAUGGAGACUCAGGAUCAACUAGAAAUGCAGAGCUAGAACCAGAGAAGAGACGACGCAAGAGCAGAAGUCACAGUAACAACGUAGACAACACUAACGUGUCAGAGAUUCACCCUAAUACUCAAACAGAGCUCCCACAGCAACAUGUCUGUAAGGAGGAGGAGGUUCUCUCUGACCAGCAGCUCAACAUGCCAGUUCUAACCUCUGUGGUAUCAGAAGCAAACAGUGACCACCAGCUCCUCUCUCCCAACUCUCAUGAAGCUGAGAGCCAAGAUCAGAAAGGAGGCAAGCAUGGAGACUCAGGAUCAACUAGAAAUGCAGAGCUAGAACCAGAGAAGAGACGACGCAAGAGCAGAAGUCACAGUAACAACGUAGACAACACUAACGUGUCAGAGAUUCACCCUAAUACUCAAACAGAGCUCCCACAGCAACAUGUCUGUAAGGAGGAGGAGGUUCUCUCUGACCAGCAGCUCAACAUGCCAGUUAUAACCUCUGUGGUAUCAGAAGCAAACAGUGACCACCAGCUCCUCUCUCCCAACUCUCAUGAAGCUGAGAGCCAAGAUCAGAAAGGAGGCAAGCAUGGAGACUCAGGAUCAACUAGAAAUACAGAGCCAGAACCAAAGAAGAGACGACGCAAGAGCAGAAGUCUCAGCAACAACGUAGACAACACUAACGUGUCAGAGAUUCACCCUAAUACUCCAACAGAUCAGACAGGAGGCAAGCAUGGAGACUCAGGAUCAACUAGAAAUGCAGAGCCAGAACCAAAGAAGAGACGACACAAGAGCAGAAGUCACAGCAACAACGUAGACAACACUAACGUGUCAGAGAUUCACCCUAAUACUCAAACAGAUUUCAGACGUAAACAUCACCUGGAAAUCCACAUGAGAAUCCACACAGGUGCGAAGCCGUACGUUUGCAAGACCUGCAGGAAAAGAUUCUGUGAAGCUUCAGCUUUAAAAAAACACGUGAGAACUCACAGAGGUGAGAAGCCAUAUUCUUGCAAAACAUGUGGAAAAGGGUUUGGGCGUAGUAGUGGAUUGUUGCUCCACAUGAGAACUCACACAGGUGAGAAGCCUUAUUCUUGCAAAUCAUGUGGAAAAGAUUUCAGACGUAAACAUCACCUGGAAAUCCACAUCAGAAUCCACACAGGUGUGAAGCCGUACAUUUGCAAGACCUGUGGAAAAAGAUUCUGUGAGGCUUCAGCUUUAAAAAACCACAUGAGAACUCACACAGGUGAGAAGCCAUAUUCUUGCAAAACAUGUGGAAAUGGGUUUGGGCAUAGUAGUGGCUUGUUGGUCCAUAUGAGAACACACACAGGAGAGAAGCCGUACAUUUGCAAGACCUGUGGUAAAAGAGUCUUUGACUCUUCAGCAUUAAAAAGUCAUAUGAGAACACACACAGGUGAGAGGCCGUAUUCCUGCAAAACAUGUGGAAAAGAUUUCCAACGUAAACAUCACCUGGAAAAUCAUAUGAAAACUCACACAGGUGAGAAGCCUUAUUCCUGCAAAACGUGUGGAAAAGGGUUUGGGUAUAGUAAUACCUUGUUGGUCCACAUGAGAAGAGUCCACACAGGAGAGAAGCCGUACGUUUGCAAGACCUGCAGAAAAAGAUUCUGUGAUGGUUCAGAUUUAACAAAGCAUAUGAGAACCCACAGAGGAUAGAAUCUAAUCUAAUAUUGAUCCUUUGAAUUUUGAUUAUAAAGUUCUAGUGGUUCAUGGUCAAAACUGACAAGAACCCUCAGAAGUGAGGAGCAACAUUUUUGCAGCAAUUGUGGGAAAAGUGACCUGAGGAUCAACAUAGACAGGAGAAACCAUCGAGCUGAAACUCUCGUAGAGACAUGUUGAACUGAGUGAAAUACUUUUACAGUAGUUACAUCUCUGAUACUGAAUGUUAAAUAUUUUGAACAAAGAUGAGAUGUAAAUAUCUUAAUGUAAAGUUUCUCUUCAUAUGACUAUUACUUCUGUUAUUAACAGUAUUUUCACAGUGAGUGGACAGUAGUGGCUGAUAAUAAUGAUGUGAACUUCAUGGUUGUUUUUGCUAAAUGCUAAUUUACAAAGUAUCUUAGAAUCACUUUUAGUUUAAAGUUUAAAGGACUUUAAAUCCAUGUACAUCGAGUAGUAUUUGAUACUUCUAUAUGAAGCCUCCUGCACAAGAAGUCAGGAUUUACAUUUCAGAGUGACUGACAUCACUGUUUUUUAGUUCCGUUUAAGAAAUCCUUUUGAAUGUUAAAGUGCCUUUUUACCUUUUUGUUUCUGAGCAGAUUGUGGCCAAAUGUUCAGCAUUUUGUUUAAUAAAUGAACAAUGAUUGAAAGUUAUUCGUCAGGCUGUUUUGGAACAUGUUUCCAACUAUAGAAUGACUGCAUGGUUUGGGAACCUUCCUGUAUCAUCAAAAUCGGUAUCGGUUGGAGUUUUAAACAGGAGCCUAAGAUAAGCAGAGCUUAGAGGCUGUACUGCAGUACAACACCACAAACUGAUUAAUGUCUCAGGGUGGGUAUUGGUUUAUUAUCUUUCAUGUCAUCUGUUUGCUGGUGUUGGGUGCCCAUAUAUGUUGAUGGUUUAAGUCAAAUUCCCCCAUGGGGACAAUAAAGUAUAUCAAAACAA